AUGACCGCGGCGGACGUCUCAGCGUCGGCGUCAUCCGCCAAGGAUGGCCAGCUCACCAUCUUUGUCACGGUCGGCACCACACGAUUCGACUCGUUGGUGCGCGCCGUCGUGUCGCAACGCUUCCUUCGCGCACUCGCACGGACCUUUCCACCAGCUCCAGGUCAGAACUCCAAGCACUGGAUCAAGCUCGUGGUCCAAUAUGGAACCUCUCCCAUCAGCGAUGUCCUGACUGCGAUGGACGCGGCUUCGGUGGAUGCAGGCAGCGAGAUCGUGCCCGAGCCCGGGCUUCGCAUCGUCAACGGCCGGCGGGUGUACCAGAGCGGCGCCAACAUCCCCGGUCUUGAUCCAGGCCGAACAGGAACGCUUCCGGGGAUGCGCAUUCGGACGGCCGCCAAUCCCAUGCGUCAAGACGACCCGCGUGGCACCGUCGAUCGAAUGUUCGACAGCAUCGUCCAAGAGGCCAAGGCUGUUGCCGGGACGAGUAGCGCGGCGACGACGGCAUCACAGCAGCAAAACAUCACAGUGGAAGCGGAGCUCGACUGUGGUGUGGAGCUGCAGCUGUUCGCCUUCUCUCCGGACCUCAAGUCGUACAUCGAGUCAGCGGAUGUGGUGAUCAGCCACGCAGGCUCGGGAACGAUCUUGGACACGCUGCGGGUGCGGCCGCACCCACCUGCGCUCGUCGUGGUGCCCAACACCUCGCUCAUGGACAAUCACCAGGUCGAGCUUGCCGAAGCGCUCGGAAACGACGGCUUCCUGACCGUCGGUUCGGAAGACUCGUUGGUCAAGGAUGUGGCACGAGCGCGCGAAGCUACGCAUGCGCCGUUUCCCGAUUUCGAUCCGGCCCGAUUCACCAGCCUCGUCGAUGAAGUCCUGCUGCUCUAA